GUUACAGCAUUUUAGAAACAAUAGAACGAUACCGCAGUCAUACAAGGAUUCAUAAUACUCCAACAACAUCUGAAUCUGCUGAAAAUAUUCAGCGUUUGAAGGAAGAAGUAGAAAACAUGAUGAAAAAGAUUGAUCUUCUCGAGACUUCAAAACGAAAACUCUUGGGAGAAGGUGUAGGGACUUGUUCCCUUGAUGAACUACAAAGGAUAGAGCAACAGUUGGAGAGGAGUAUAACCAAAAUUCGAGUUAAAAAGGCUGAGGUUUUCAGGGAACAAAUUGAUCAGCUAAAAGAAAAGGAAAAAACCCUAGUUGCUGAAAAUACCAGACUCUCUGAGAAGUAUGGUAGUUUUUCAUCACAAAGAGCAAAAAAGGAUGAUAGAGAAACUAUAGUUGAGAUUGAAGCUUAUGCAGAUCAAAGUAGUCCAAUUUCAGAUGUGGAGACUGAGUUGUUCAUUGGACUUCCAGAUACAAGAACAAAACGAAUUUCUCCAAACUUGAGGAUUAAUUAAUCCAUCUAAAAACGCAAAUGAAAAUAAGGGUAAGGCAAAGUGUCUCAUCAAUAUUGUAUAGAGUAAACACUUCCACUGCGUAAGCAUAAAUUUUUUUCUCAUAGUAUAGAAUGCAGAGUCCUCUUAUAAAUUUCAUUAAAAUAAAACAUUAUCGUUUGUUGAAAAUUUACACAGCUAGAUUUCUGUUAAAUUUCUGUUAAAUUUACACAGCUAGAUUUCUGUGAUCCAUGCUUUGAUCAAACGUGUAAGUCUCUUGUUUGUAACAAACAUUAUAAUAAGUGUAUCUUAAAGA